ACUUUGGUGUCCCGUUUGGUGAAGGAGGAGUUGUGCCUGAAGAAAGCGCUUCCACCGGUCGCUCACUCGUGGGCAGGGGAUUUUAAAGACUUAGCGAGGAGUAACAAGUGGCUCCUGAGGAUUCCGUGCCAGUCCUUCACUUGGCUUUCAAUGAGAGCGGUGGAUACCGUGGAGUGAGGGACCUGUUUGCCGAGAAACAUGUUCGCUGCUCCUCUGAAGGAACUCUUCACGGCUCUGGGGUGAACAUCCACACUUCAGUGUGUCACCUGCUCUUCCGCCUAGGACAUAUCGGAAGGCUGAAACGACCACGCGGCUCGGAUGCAUUUAUCAAUGGAUACUCUGGGAAUAGUGGACGACAACUGCCUGGAGAACUAUGACAUUGCCAAAGGUGCCGGGUCAAGCAACGGAGGCAGGGUCCACAGCAUCGAUGUCAUACUUGGAUUCACAAAAGACCAGGACCCUUUGCUCCAUUCGGUGGGCGACGAGCAGCGAGACAAACCAAACCACGAGGACCCGCAGCAGGAGAAGAAGAACUUGUCUUCAGAUCCGUACGGCCACCUCCAAGAUCUGGCCGAUGGCUCCCAGCACUCCUCCUAUCACGGGUCCGACCUUUUCUCCAGCGACAAAUGCACUGACGACAUGAGCGACAUGCAGAAGGAGCUGAACGCCGAGGACUCGCCGGACAUGGGCAAAGACGAAGACCAUGCCAAGAAGAAGCACAGAAGAAACCGCACCACCUUCACGACCUUCCAGCUCCAUGAGUUGGAGAGGGCCUUCGAGAAAUCUCACUAUCCAGACGUGUACAGCCGAGAGGAACUGGCCAUGAAGGUCAACCUGCCUGAAGUUCGAGUUCAGGUGUGGUUCCAAAACCGACGGGCCAAAUGGAGACGCCAAGAGAAGAUGGACAACAGUGCCAUGAAGAUGCAUGACUCUCCAAUGCUCUCCUUCAAUCGCCCGCCGCUGACCCCCAACAUGGGGCCGGUGGCCAACCCGAUGCCUUUAGAUCCCUGGCUCACCUCCCCAAUAUCCAGUGCCACCACCAUGCACUCCAUCUCCGGCUUCAUGGGCUCGCCACAGGGGCUUCAGCCGGCAUAUCCGAGCCACGGAUACCUCAACACGCCGCCGGGCAUGACUCAAGCCAUGCAGCCCAUGGGCCCGCCUCCUUACCAGUGCAACUACACCGACAAGUACCCGAUGGAGGACGACCGGAGCUCCAGCAUCGCAGCACUGAGGAUGAAAGCCAAAGAGCACAUUCAGUCCAUGGACAAGACAUGGCAGCACAUGUGAUCAGAGGAGGCUCCCUGGGGGACUGAAUGUUUACGCGAUCCAUGACACAAAGCAAUGUAAUAGGACAGUACCAACCGUGGUGUUUAAAUGGAACUGGAGUUAUUGAAGAAAUCCUUUGUGUGGACCAGAUGAUUUGUGUUUCUGACACUUUUUUAAACUUUGGAAAUGAGCCCCGUUUCUUUUUUUUACAUGUGUCCCGCGAACCUUACGAUCCUAAAUCCUUCGGUUUCCCUGGCACUUUUGAAAUAGUCUGUUGAAUAUCAGUGAUCAAAGCUGUCUGUGAUCCAAGUCUGUUAUUGUACGUCCUGGUUAGUUUCGGUUAGAACCGCACCACCCGCCUGAGACGGACCGAAUCUGAGGCAGAAAGGUUUUCGUUUCCAGCAGGAGAGUGUGUGUGCCUGAGAGGACACUGGAGGGAAGAUCGCUUCUCCGAACGACUGAGGCUGUGGUCACUGUUCUUGGAGCUCUCACCCCCUGUAAAACGUCUUUUUGUUUGGUGAAUUAGUGAAGCCUUACUUCAUGAUUUAUUCAUCCUUCUAAUCUGGUCCAGGUCCUCAACUUAGGCGACAUGUAUUUGUGUAUCGACUGCACGGUUUAUUUUUAGCUGAAUAUAAGUGAUUUCACCACACGGUUGGAGCGAUAGCGGAGCUUUUCUAUUUAUUUUGUGCGGAAAAAUGGGGCUUCACUUGGCCUUUUCCUUUUGUAUGUCUCGGCCAUUGUCUGAACAGUUCAUCAAUGCUCAUCCUUUUUCAGAUGUCCAUAACUGUGUGAAGGAUUAUAUAUAUAUAUAUAUAUAUAUAUAUAUAUAUAUAUACAUAUAUAUAUCAUGAGGUAUCUUUGAACGCAACACUGUGGUCUGAUGACACUGGAUCUGCUUGUGAAUGUUUUGUGGUGGUGGCUUAUUUCUAUUUGAUCCAUGUGUUUGCCUGGAUCUGCCGAAAUAAAACAGGAAACUACUAA